CAGAAGCGGCGGGGCGGGCGCAGGGGCCGCCGGAAGGGCGGGGAGCCGUGGGCCGGAGCCGUAGGCCGCAGCCGGCAGAGCUUCCGUCGGAGCCGUUCUAUCCGUGAGCGCCUCAGCUGCCGCCGCGCAGAGGGGGAGGCCCGGGCCGCGUGUGCCUGUGUCGCGGCGGUGAGCCCUGCGGCAGCUGCGCCCGGAGGGAGCUGCCGCCAUGCACGACGCCUUCGAGCAUGUGCCGAUCCUGGAGAAGCUGCCGCUGCAGAUCGACUGCCUGGCGGCCUGGGAGGAAUGGCUCCUUGUUGGUACCAAACAAGGGCAUCUUCUGCUCUAUAGGAUCAAGAAAGAUACAGGCUGCAAUCGAUUUGAAGUGACGUUAGAGAAAUCCAACAAGAACUUCUCAAAAAAGAUCCAGCAGAUUCACGUUGUUUCACAGUUCAAGAUUCUGGUCAGUUUAUUAGAAAAUAACAUUUAUGUUCAUGACCUGUUGACGUUCCAACAAAUCACCACGGUUUCCAAGGCAAAAGGUGCAUCUCUCUUCACUUGUGAUCUUCAGCAGGGGAAACAGGGGGAAGAGGUGUUGAGAAUGUGCGUGGCGGUGCGGAAGAAGCUACAACUGUAUUUUUGGAAGGACAGAGAGUUCCAUGAGCUACAGGGGGAUUUCAGUGUACCUGAUGUACCCAAGUCUAUGGCCUGGUGUGAAAACUCGAUCUGUGUAGGUUUCAAGAGGGACUAUUACCUGAUAAGGGUGGAUGGGAAAGGGUCCAUCAAAGAACUGUUUCCCACAGGGAAGCAGCUGGAACCAUUGGUAGCUCCUGUAGCAGAUGGAAAAGUUGCUGUUGGCCAAGAUGACCUAACAGUUGUGCUCAAUGAAGAAGGAGUCUGUACUCAGAAGUGUGCCUUAAAUUGGACAGAUAUUCCCAUAGCCAUGGAACACCAGCCUCCCUACAUCAUUGCUGUUCUGCCAAGGUACGUGGAGAUCCGCACGUUUGAACCCCGGCUGCUGGUCCAGAGUAUUGAGCUGCAGAGACCACGCUUCAUCACCUCAGGAGGGACAAAUAUUAUAUAUGUGGCAAGCAAUCACUUCGUCUGGAGGCUCAUUCCAGUGUCCAUAGCCACACAGAUCCAGCAGCUUCUGCAGGACAAGCAGUUUGAGCUGGCUUUGCAGCUGGCAGAAAUGAAAGAUGAUUCAGACAGUGAGAAGAGACAACAAAUUCACCACAUAAAGAACCUCUUUGCCUUCAACCUCUUCUGCCAGAAGCGCUUCGAUGAAUCCAUGCAAGUGUUUGCCAAGCUUGGUACAGAUCCCACUCAUGUGAUGGGUCUGUAUCCUGACCUCCUGCCCACAGACUACAGGAAACAGCUCCAGUAUCCCAACCCCCUGCCAGGACUGUCUGGGGCAGAGCUGGAGAAGGCACAUUUAGCUCUGAUAGACUACCUAACUCAAAAAAGAAGUCAGCUGGUGAAGAAGCUGAAUGAUUCUGACCAUCAAUCCAGUACCUCACCUCUCAUGGAAGGAACUCCCACUAUCAAAUCCAAAAAGAAGCUGCUACAAAUCAUUGAUACCACUCUGCUGAAGUGUUACCUCCAUACAAAUGUAGCGCUGGUGGCACCGUUGCUACGCCUGGAGAACAAUCACUGCCAUAUUGAGGAGAGUGAGCAUGUACUGAAGAAGGCACAUAAAUAUAGUGAGCUGAUCAUAUUGUAUGAGAAGAAAGGUCUGCAUGAAAAAGCAUUGCAGGUACUGGUGGAUCAGUCCAAGAAAGCUAACUCACCUUUGAAGGGCCAUGAGAGGACAGUGCAGUAUUUGCAGCAUUUGGGCACAGAGAAUUUGCACUUGGUAUUUUCCUACUCUGUCUGGGUACUAAGAGAUUUCCCUGAAGAUGGACUGAAGAUAUUUACAGAAGACCUGCCAGAGGUGGAAGCUUUGCCACGAGACAAAGUGCUCAGUUUCUUGAUAGAGAACUUUAAAAGCUUGACUAUUCCUUAUCUGGAGCACAUCAUUCAUGUCUGGGAAGAAACCGGUGCGGACUUUCACAACUGUCUGAUCCAGCUGUACUGUGAGAAAGUGCAGGGCUUAAUGAAAGAAUACCUCAGUUCUUUCCCUGCAGAUAAAACUCCAGUGCCUGCUGGAGAGGAGGGAGGAGACUUGGGAGAUUAUCGGAAGAAGCUGUUGCUUUUUCUGGAGAAGUCAAGCUGGUAUGAACCCAGUCGCCUAAUUAGUGACUUCCCCUUUGAUGGUCUCCUAGAAGAACGUGCUCUGCUCUUGGGACGGAUGGGGAAGCACGAGCAAGCUCUCUUUAUUUAUGUUCAUAUUUUGAAGGACACCAACAUGGCUGAGAACUACUGCCAUAAACAUUAUGACAGAAACAAAGAUGGCAACAAAGAUGUCUAUUUGUCCCUGCUCCGGAUGUAUCUCUCCCCACCCAGCGUUCACUGCCUGGGACCAAUCAAAAUGGAAGUGCUGGAGCCUCAAGCCAACCUGCAGGCUGCUCUGCAGGUUUUGGAACUACAUCACAGCAAGUUGGAUACCACCAAGGCAAUAAACCUACUCCCAGCAAAUACACAGAUUAGUGAGAUUCGAAUCUUCUUAGAGAAAGUCCUUGAAGAAAAUGCUCAGAAGAAGAGAUUUAAUCAGGUGCUCAAGAAUCUUCUCCAUGCAGAGUUUCUGAGGGUCCAGGAGGAGCGGAUCUUGCAUCAGCAAGUGAAGUGCAUUAUUACAGAGGAGAAGGUGUGCACUGUAUGUAAAAAGAAGAUAGGUAACAGUGCAUUUGCUCGAUACCCUAAUGCAAUAGUUGUGCAUUAUUUCUGCUCCAAAGAAGUCAACACCUUGGACACCUGACUUUGUUGUGGUCACUUACCCCAACAAUCACACGGAACUGGGAACUGGCGGCGUGAGAAGUUGGCACCUCUGGAAUAUUUGAGGCUCUGGGAUAUUUGAGGCUCGUCGCCUCUCUUACACACAUUUGUUACCUGUGGACUGACUGUGCUGAUCUGGCAACGUUCAUUUACUGGCAAAUGACUUUAAACACGUUAUUACAGUGCUGGCAACUACACUGGACCUCUCAGUACUCUGGGAUGAAGACUUAGAAACUGGUUUUUGUAGUGAGUUUUGUAUUGCACUCCAGCCUUGCGAAUGAGUUGUUAGACAACUGUUGGGCCUUCACCACAAGUUCUACUAUAAAACUUACCUCCUUAGGGUGCCAACCUUGGGAUUGUUUUGCUUUGUAUGUAAGUAGUUCUUCAAAAGAAGAAAAUUCCUUUGAAGUCUUUGCAGCUGUAUCAGUGCUGCACAGAGGUCGCCAGGGCUUUGGCAUAGAGAAGGCUUCUGUGUUUAUUUCUUGACCUAGGAAAUACAGUUUGACUUUCAUUUCAGUAAUGGGAAUGUUUAAUUGCUGGCCAAAGUAACCUUUUUUCAUUGCUACUCUGUGUUAUCAGCUGACCUUCUGGUAAGAAGUUGUUCCACAGAAGACUCUCAGACUAACAGUAGGUACCAGCAGUAGUAAGCAUUUUUUUCCCCCUGUUUACUUCAGUUUGAGAGCUGUAAAUUGAAUUGUGUGUUGUGUGCACUGAACAUGUUCACUCUUAGUGGAAGCUUAGAGACUGUUCUAAGAAGUUCACAUCUGCAUUCACACUGAAAAGUGAAGAAGACCCUGUAAAGCCACCUCUGAAGGGAGUGAACUGAUUGCUUGAGCUUCUAGACUACACUUGAGAUUUGUGUACAUAACAUCUCUGGUCUCUGGUUCACUUUCCAGCACUGAAGUAAAAUCCAGACUGUUUCAAUAUCUCUGUUUUAAAUGCUCUAGAGCUGUGUUCUGCUCAGACUGGUACUGUUGUUAAGUCUUCUGGCCCAAGAGUAACUUAACAAUGAGAAGCUGAUUGUACCAUACUUCUUGUAGGCUGUAAUAUUUUUGUCUAACUUAUUUUUCCACUAUCUAUAGCAGAUUGGUAUGAGGGAUAUUAAAAUGAUGGAUCAAUGCAGAAAGAAUCUGUGUGGUGGUAAUGAAGAGGCAGCAGUAGCAAAGAAGAGGGGCUGUUGGACUCCUAACAUCAUGGUCUAGCAAUACUCGCAUAUGUAAUUGUUAAACAGCAUGGAGCAUGGCAUGUAACUACCAGAUAUCACCUCUUAAUGCACAAGUAGAUGAAUAAAGCCUGUCUGCCUAAAGGGGUAACUGGACCAUGGUUAACUUUGAGGUUUAUUUAAGCCAUUGUUAUGGUUUGGUUUUAUAGGAGCAGAUCUGCUCUAGGUUGAUGAGUCCUGAUUCACUUUCACAGGCCAGUGUUAAUAGUUUCCUUUGAUAACUGUUUGGGUUUUCCACCCGUGUUUGCAUUUGUUGCUCAUUCUUGUUUUGCUGCUUCUGUACUUGGAUGUCUUGGGCAGUAUUCAUUCUGCUGUCUUUCUGCAGAGACUGGGUAGAGGGAGUCUGUGCUGUUAAUGUUUUUAACCUUGUAUUUCUUCUAUUUAAGAAGAGAGCCUAAAAAUACUUACACUGGGUUUGCACAUUCUGUAUAGAUCUUUAUAUACUUGUUCAGGUACAGAGGGAAGAUGAUUUAGAGAGAGUUGUGUUUACAGGUCUUUUAGAAUGGAAGAGGGGUAUCUAAAAAGACCCUGUGCUCUUUGUAUACAGAUAUAAAAACAUUGCUUACCUAUGUUGUGUUUAAUACUGUUCCUCUGAUAUUGAUGUACUUCCUUAGCUGCUACCAGGAGAGCUCCAAUCACAUAUAAAGGAUCUUCAUCAUGCUCUUAGUUCCAUGGUUCAGUUGUGCCUCUGUUCACCAACAUAUGACAUACCUUUCACAGAGAUGUGGUUUGUGUCCUCACAGUGUGGUUUGGGUUUACUGACCAUGCAGCAGGUCUAUCUAAGGCAAUAGAUUGUAAUAAAUGUUGUGAACCAG